AUGAUUAUUCUCGGGGCGUUAUCUGGCGCCGGGAGAGGAGCGAUCAGGACCAUCACAGCAACAGUGGGGCCAGAUAGCCACAAAGAAGCGCGAGACCACGGGUACGGGCGUACGAUGUCGGACAGUUUGUUCUCAAGUUGUGACAAUAUCUCGUUGACGGAUUCAGUGUUUGAUCACAGGUCGUUGACGUACUUCAGCAACGAUGAGCAGCGGCAGCUGAAGCUGCAGAUCAUGCAGAGCUGUGGGGCCAGCGACCAGUGGGAAGGGCGGCAGAAGAACUUGCAACUUGGGGUCUCGCGGAACGGAUUUGUGAGCCACAGCUUGCGCCGGCACUUCUGGCACUGCAUUCUCAGAGGCCGGGUGCGUGUUUGCCCACGUGCAGGGGUCUCCGAGCACCCGGACGAACACCAGAUGGAGUUGGACGUGCGGCGGUCCUUUGGAUUUGUGGAGAAUGAGGGACAGAAGCAGAAGCUUCGGGAAUUACUACAGGCUACGUUGGUGCGGUUUUUCCGCAAGUACCCAUCGUUGCGGUAUUACCAGGGCUACCAUGACGUGGUGAGUGUCAUUUUGAUGGUGUACUACGAUGCGCUGGAAUCGGAUCAGUUUUCAACUCUACAGGGCAGCGCGGACGACUUGCUAAGCAGCAGUGUUGCUAGCAGCAUGAGCGAGGCGACUGUAUUGCCAGAUGAAAGUACACAAAGCACUGUCGAUACGAUGUUCGAAGUUGUGGAGAUGUUCUCGUUGCUCUACUUACGGGACUUCAUGAUGGAUUCGCUUGAUUUCACAAUUGACCAAUUGCAGGUCAUCCCACAGCUUAUAAAGAUUAGAGACGUCGAACUUUUCCGGCAGUUACACUUAGAUCAGGUUAGUCCCUUUUUUGCAUUAUCGUCGAUACUAACUAUCUUCAGCCAUGAUUUAAAGCCAUGCAAAAACCAGCUCUCCCCUCUGUACCAGAUCUUUGACUUAGUUAUAACAUCUGGCAAUAUGAUGGCUCCGCUUGUCAUAUAUAUGGAACUAAUUGUGGAACAUAAAGAAGACUUGCUGCGUGAGUGCGACGCCCAGUCAGACCUAUUUGAGAACAUAACAGACCUUGUACAUGGAGCCAUGCAGCAGGUAAUGCAACGUGAGCAGACCACUGAGCAGUGGCAGGACGUGCUCGAGCGGGGGAGACUGUUUUUAGAAGACCACCCUCUUGCAGCUACGUCUAGUGAAGUUAGGAAGUUCCGCUGGCUCAAUCCAUAUAGCGUAUUGAAGGAGAAUCCAGGCGAUGGCGCUAACUACAGCCUAUCCGAACUACUUGACAUAGUGGAGCGUGAGAUUGCCGAAAAUGAACGCCGGAAGUCUAUGGCUUUGGCUUCCGACGCACUAAGAAACAGGAUCAAAAAUAUUCGACGCAUUUGCCGCUCUUUAGUGUACUUCGGGUCAUUAUGGAGAUGGCCAAUUUACAUCGGUAUUUUCGCCUUACUCAUAAGAGUAUACAGUGCCAAUUUCCGUGAAUUGAGGCCUAUAAACAUCUGGUAUGUCUUAUCUUCAGUUCUCUCUGGGGAUUCGCCCAUCACUGGGAUUCCAUUCAGUUUCAGGCUGCCAGGAGUUGGAACUAAAACGUGGUUUUUGGAUCCUCUGAGAUCUCUGUUGCCAUCAAGCGCAAGAUAG